AUGAGCACUUAUUUUCUCUUAAUCUUUUAUGCUCUUCUGCUUCUUUUAUUGCAUACCUCAGAGUCUUCUCUUGAUGUAAAGUGCAUAGAGAGGGAGAAACAAGCACUCCUCAACUUCAAACGAGGCCUCCAUGAUCCUUCUGGCAUUCUCUCUACAUGGAAAGAUGAUGAUUCCAAUGGAGACUGUUGCAUAUGGAAAGGCAUUGAAUGCAACAAUGAAACAGGUCAUGUUCACACGCUUGAUAUUCAUGGUCAUGAUGAUAUUCAAUACUUGAAAGGUACAAUUAACAUCACUUCAUUGAUUGACUUGCAAUACAUUGAACAUUUCGACCUCAGCUAUAAUGAUUUCCGUGACCAAAUCACAAAAGACAUUGGCUCCCUCAAUAACUUAAGAUAUCUCAAUCUAUCAUAUUCUGGUUUUGUUGGGAGGCUUCCUCUUGAACUAGGAAACCUCUCACAGUUGGAAUAUCUUGAUCUUAAAGUAAAUUCUCUUGUUGCCGCAAUCCCUUCUCAACUCGGAAAACUCACAAGUUUACGAUAUCUAGAUCUAAGUGACAAUUAUUUUGAUGGAGAAAUCCGAUAUCAGUUUCAAAAUCUUUCACUAUUGCAAUAUCUUGAUCUUCAAGAAAAUUCUCUUGUUGGAGCAAUCCCUUCUCAACUAGGGAAACUCACAAGUUUACGAUAUCUAGAUCUAAGUGGCAAUUAUUUUGAAGGAGAAAUCCCAUAUCAGUUUCAAAAUCUUUCACUGUUGCAAUAUCUUGAUCUUAACGGAAAUUCUCUUGUUGGAGCAAUCCCUUUUCAAAUUGGGAAUCUUCCAGUCCUGCAUACUCUUAGACUUGGUGGCAAUUUUGAUCUUAACGAUGCAAAGUGGUUCUCUACUCUCUCUUCUUUAACAACUCUUGACCUGAGUUCAUUGCAUAAUCUUGGUUCCUCUUAUCACUGGGUACAAACGAUGAGUAAGCUCAUUCCAAACCUGAGAGAGUUGAGGCUAUCUGACUGUGGUCUUUCAGAUGAUAAUGUUUCAUCUUUGUUUCAUUCUCAUUCCAACUUUUCCACUUCUCUUACCAUCCUUGACCUCUCUUCUAAUAUGCUGACAUCGUCAACACUUCAGUUAUUGUUUAACAUUCCAUCUCUUAUGAGCCUUCGCCUCUCUUUUAAUAAUCUGACAUCAUCAAUAUUUCAUGGUAACCUCAACUUCAGCUCCAAAUUAAAAGAGUUGUAUCUAAGAAACUGCAGUCUUAUGGAUGGAAGUUUUCUCGUGUCAUCCGAUGCCAUUAUCAAUUCUUCAUCUUCUCUUGUCACACUUGAUCUCUCCUUGAAUCUGUUGAAAUCGUCGGCUGUAUUUCAUUGGCUUUUUAACUGCACCACCAAUCUUCGUACACUUUAUCUUUAUGAGAACUUGUUAGAAGGUCCCAUUCCAGAUGGAUUUGGGAAAGUAAUGAACUCUCUUGAAGUCCUCGGGCUUUCUUCUAACAAACUUCAAGGAGAGGUUCCAUCUUUCUUUGGGAACAUGUGCGCAUUGCAGGGAUUAUCCCUCUCAGGUAACAACUUGAGUGGAGAAAUGUCAAGCUUCAUUCAAAACUCUUCAUGGUGCAAUAGACACCUAUUUCAGAGUUUGGAUUUAUCUAAUAACAGGAUUACAGGCAUGCUACCUAAAAGCAUUGGAUUGUUGUAUGAGUUGGUGUAUCUGUCCCUGGCGGGGAAUUCUUUGGAAGGUGACGUCACUGAGUCACAUCUCACUAAUUUCUCCAAAUUAAAAUGGUUGGAUUUGUCGUACAACUCACUGUCUCUAAAAUUUGGCUCUAGCUGGGUCCCUCCUUUCCAAUUAAUCAUCUUGAGACUAGCAUCUUGCAAGUUGGGUACGAGUUUUCCCAGUUGGCUCAAGACUCAAAGUUCCUUAUCAUCGUUGGAUAUUUCUGAUGCCGGGCUUCGUGACUCCGUGCCAGACUGGCUUUGGAACAACUCACCAUAUAUGGGACAAUUGAAUAUGUCUUACAACAAUCUAACAGGUACAAUUCCAAAUUCCCCAUUCAAGCUUCCUUCUAGACCGUCCAUAAUUCUGAAUUCAAAUAAUUUUGAGGGUGGAGUUCCAUCUUUUUUUAAACAAGCAUCGGAGCUGAAGCUUUCCGAAAAUAAAUUUUCAGAUUUAUUUUCAUUUUUAUGUGACAAAAGCGUUGCUGCAAACUUGGGCAUGUUGGAUAUAUCAAACAAUCAAAUUAAGGGACAAUUGCCAGAUUGUUGGAAAUCCGUCCGAUCAUUAUUGGUUCUUGAUUUAAAAAAUAAUAAUUUGUCAGGAAAGAUUCCAACUUCGAUGGGCACCCUUGUUAAAUUGAAAGCUUUGGUUUUACGGAACAAUAGUUUAUCAGGUGAAUUUCCUUCCUCUUUGAAGAAUUGUGGCAAUUUAAAGUUGUUGGAUGUCAGUGAGAAUUCGUUGUCUGGUCCAAUUCCAUCAUGGAUUGGUGAAAAUAUGCAGCAAUUGAUAGUUUUGAGCAUGCGAGAGAAUCACUUCUCUGGGAACGUUCCUAUUCAUCUCUGUUAUUUAAGACACAUUCAACUGUUGGAUCUUUCGAUGAAUAACUUAUCAAAAGGAAUUCCAAAGUGCUUAAAUAAUUUUACUGCAAUGUCUAGACAGAGCAUCAACUCAAGCGAAACUCUAUCUCAGCUAUACUGGUACAAUAGAACGUACUAUGCAAUUUAUGGUUUUUUCAUGAUCAGUACCGGUGAUUACACACUGAACAUAACAUUGACGUGGAAAGGUGUGGAAUGUGGGUUCAAGAAUCCAAAGUUGAGUUUAACGAUCAUUGAUCUCUCGAGUAAUAAUUUAACAGGUGAAAUACCAAAGGAGAUUGGAUAUUUGCUUGGGUUAGUUUCCUUGAAUUUAUCAAGAAACAAUCUGAGUGGAGAAAUUCCUUCUGGGAUUGGCAAUUUAAGCUCAUUAGAAUUUAUUGAUUUGUCAAGAAAUCAUUUAUCUGGUGAAAUUCCUUCUACUCUUUCAAAAAUUGAUCGUUUAACGAGGCUAGACGUGUCACAUAAUUCCCUGCAUGGAAGAAUCCCUCUGGGAAGACAGUUGCAGACAUUUGAUGCCUCUAAUUUUGAAGAAAAUAGUGAUCUUUGUGGUGCACCGCUUCCCAAAAUUUGUCCAGGAGAUGAGACCACACUAAAGCCUCAUGGAUCAACAAAUCCUAGUGAAAAUCAAGAUAACAAUUCACUUUUCUAUGGCACGUUUUAUAUGAGCUUGGGAUUGGGAUUCUUCACAGGCUUUUGGGGCUUAUUAGGACCAAUACUGUUCUCCCAACCUUGGAAAAAAUGUUACAUCAGAUUUUUGAACAAAGUCACUGACUAUAUGUAA